AUGGGAAACAAAAACCUGGGUGUCAUCUUCAUAUCUCAGCUCCAGAAAACCUCAUUUCCAGGAAAUCUCCACCUGGUCCUGGUACUCCGGCCCUCCGGCUUGUUAAGCUCCACCCCCAGCCCGUCUUCCAGCACCGACCUGGGCUUCCGCUUCAGCCAGGAUGACUUCCUGUUGAAGAUGCCGGUGGUGAUGCUGCGGUCAGUCGGCGACCUGCUGCGCUACAUCGACGAGAACCACCUGACGUCAGACUUCACCGCUAAAGUGGAAUACUGCCAGAGCGACUGGAUCGUCCUGCGCACGGCCAUCGAGACAUUCGCGGUGACGGUGAAGGAGAUCGCCCAGCUGCUGCAGAGCUUCGGAUCGGAGCUCUCUGAGACAGAACUCCCCGACGAAGCGAACGCUAUCGAGUUCCUGCUGCACUCGCACACUCACCGCUACCGGCAGAUGAAGGACGAUAUCCGCAGCGUGCUGAAGGAAGGACGGCUGCUGCUGUCCAACCUGGAGACGGUCAAAGCCUCCAAGAGAGACGUAGAGGAGGAGAGAGACCUGAAGUCAGACAUGGAUACUGUUCAGAGGCUCCUGGCUCAGCUCAGAGACAUGGAGGAGGCGUUUGACGGGUUCUUUGAGAAACAUCACCUGAAGAUGCAGCAGUACCUGCAGCUGCUGCACUACGAGAUCAGCUUCCAGCAGAUGGAGGAGGUGCUGCUGAGGAUCAUCAAACAGGAGCAGGAUGUUUCCUCAGUGGGGACGACGGUGGUUCAGACGGAGCAGCUGCUGACAGAACUGGAGACACUCGACAAACAUGCCGAGGAGGAGAUGGGUCGUGCUCAGGUUGUGAUCCUUCACGGUCACCAGCUGGCGGCGAGCCACCACUACGCGCUGGCGCUCAUCGUGCAGCGCUGCAACGAGCUGCGACAUCACUGUGAUGUCAUCACCGCCGCCAUACGCACCAAGAGGGCGUCGCUGGUCCGAGCCCGGGACCUUCUGCUGCGCCUGGAGGAGGCCCUGCGGUGGUGUGAUGAGGGGGCCUACCUCCUGGCCAGUCAGAUGGUGGACCGGUUCCAGAGCAGAGAAGGAGCCCAGGAGGCGCUGCAGUACCUGAGCUGCCACCAGCAGAGGGCGCCGUCCGCCAGGAGCUGCCAGGACGUCCUCAGUCUGGAGAUGGAGGGGAUCCUGAGCCCCACACUGCAGUGCCAGGUCUCCAUGGUGACGGAGAAGCUGGCGGCGGUGCAGCUGAUGAUGAGGAACAGGGAGCAGUGUCUGAGGAAGAUCGCCGACAUGACGGUCAGACCCAUCCAGCUGGUGGCCCCCAGACCUGAACCCAGCCAGACCAGGUCCCCCCUCUUCUCCCCCAAACAUGGAGUGGACUUUAACGUCCUCAACUCAAAGUUCUCCUUCGACCUGCUGCCUGGAAAAAGAGCCGCCAGGAGGAACAACAGCCAGCGCAAGAUCGAGGUGAUGCACGACUUUCAGGGAAACCGCAGCUGUCUGUACGGAUCCACCACGGAGACGGAUUCAGAGGCGGAGGACAACCCGGAGCAGGUCACACGACACGUGAUGAAGGAGCUGAUCGCCACAGAGAGGAUCUACGUGGACGAGCUGCUCUCAGUGCUGCUGGGCUACAGAGCGGAGAUGGAGGACCCGUCCAUGUCUAAUCUUCUUCCCCCGGCUCUGUGCAGCGAGAAAGACGUUUUGUUUGGGAACAUGCCAGAAAUCUACCAGUUCCACAGCAGGAUCUUCCUCCAGGACCUGCAGAGCUGUCUGGAGUCUCCGGAGAGAGUCGGAGCGAAGUUCCUUCAGCGGAAAGACAGGUUCCAGGUGUACGAGCGUUACUGCCAGAACAAGCCUCGCUCCGAGCUGCUGUGGAGACAGGUCUCCGACUCGCCAUUCUUCCAGGAGUGCCAGAGGAAGCUGGAGCACAAGCUGGGUCUGGACUCGUACCUCCUGAAACCGGUCCAGCGCCUCGCCAAGUACCAGCUGCUGCUCAAGGAGCUGCUGAAACACUGUACGGAGGAGCGAUACCGCUGCGAGCUGCAGGAGGCGCUGGACUCGAUGCUGGAGCUGCUCAAGUCCGUCAACGACUCCAUGCACCAGAUCGCCAUCACUGGAUACCAGGGCGAUCUGAGCCAGCUGGGUCGCGUGGUGCUGCAGGGCGGCUUCAGCGUCUGGAUCAGCCACAAGAGGGCGGCGGUGCGCAUGAAGGAGCUGGCCCGGUUCAAACCCAUGCAGAGACACCUCUUCCUCUACGACCUCGCUCUGCUCUUCUGCAAGCGCCGCGACGAGGACGCUCACGGCAGGACGCCGUUCUACAGCUUCAAGUCCUGCCUCAGAAUGAGUGCGGUGGGAAUCACGGAAAACGUGAAAGGAGACAUGAAGAAAUUUGAAAUCUGGUACAGCGGCAGAGAAGUUGUCUACAUAGUUCAGGCUCCCACUCUGGAGGUUAAAGUUUCUUGGCUGACGGAGAUUCGAAAAAUUCUCACCAACCAGCAGAAGAUGCGCCAAGACGAAGCUCCGUCUCUGCCGCUGUCGGACUCUCAGCUCUCUGACAGCUUUAGUGCAUCAGAGAUGUGUGUGUCGUGGGGCGGAGCGUCGGUGGGAGGCUGCUCAGCGUGUCUCCCUGUCACUCACAGCUCCUCGGCAACAAGCCACGCCCACAGGCGGCAGGGGGAGGAGUCUCUGCACACAAGCCCCGCCCACUCUGACCCCGUGGUCCACUCCCCGCGGCGAACGUGGCCUGUUCCCGCCCACUCAGUGGCGAUCUGUGACGGGCUGGAGGACUGGGGCGCAACGGACCUCUCCAACAUCUCGGACUCUGACGAGGAGGAUCAGCCCGCCCCCCUGGUGGCGGGUCGGUACCGGGUCAUGGUAGAGAGCAGCAUGGCCAGCACUGAUGACAUCAUCUUUAACUGCGGCGAUGUCAUCCAGCUGCUGCACGAGGAGCUGUCGGGGAUGUGGAUGGUGAGAAACAUCAGCCGCGGGGAAGAAGGACGAGUUCUACCUGAAGACCUGCACAGGAUCCUGGGAGAGACGUGCUGAGACACACACACACACACACACACACACACACACACACACACACACACACACUCAUCAGCUGUUUCCUGCUGUGACUGUUGGACCUCAGAAGGAUGUAAACUUCAGACGGGAACACACGAAGCACACGAGCAGGAAAUCUUUUUCUUCAUCUAUAUUUUAGAGAAAUCAAGCAGUGAAGCUGCAGAUUGUUUGGACUUUUUGUUUCAGAGUUCCAGUUUUUCAUUUCUAUUUUCUUAUGAAAUAUAACAGUAACGUGUCAUUACUGUUCAUGUGCCAAACAGCUCAGAUAAUAACUGGCUUCUUCCUGCUUUACCUUCUGCUGUCUCUGCUUUUAAUUCUUUUCAUUCAACACUUGUUUUUCCUAAAGCAGCUCUGGAGGGCCGAAACCGCUCAAUUAAAAACAUUAAAAAAUAAAUAAAAGUCUUGAUGAAUACAUAAAUGAUUAAAUACACCAUUUAAUGGACCAAAGACAAUAUUAAAAUAAAAUAUAUACAUUAUUAAUUUUAAAAAAUAUGACAUAAAAUGAUAUUUAUGAUUUAAUUUGGGUCUUUUUUUUACUAACUUAAAUAUAUAUCCCAUUUAUUCCCUAAUUAGUCCUAUUUCUCUUUUAUUUAUUUAUUUAUUCAAUUAUUUAUUCAUUUAUUUUAAAUGUAUUUAAUUACUCUUCAUGCAUUUUCUUUUUCUUUUGUAUUUUUCAAUUAUUUUUAACAUUUUUUUUCAUUUUUUCAUUCAUUUUAUUUAUUUUAAAUUUAAAAUGUAACAUAGAUUUACAUUUUUGUGCUCCUUUAUUCAUUUACCUUUUUUAUUAAUUCCCCUAUUUAUUUAUUUUCCUGUUCAAUUUUUCUUCCAUUUGUUGAAAACAUUUAUUACAAAAUGUGUCAUUUCAAAUGUAUUUACAUUUCUUUCCUAAUUUUAAAAUGCAUUUGUUCAUUUACUCCCCCAACAAAUAUAAUUUUAAUAAUAUUUUCAUUACAUUAAAUGGUGUAUGAAUGUAUUUAUUUAUUGCGUAAUUUAUUUAUAUAUUUUUUUUAUUAUUGGUUUUUCUGGUUCGGUCCUCCGUACUUGGCGAGCUUUAACUACAUAACUUGCAGAUAUUUCCAAGUGAGUUAAUUCUCCAGUUUAUUAUUUUCUUUUGCUGCUUUCCGAUGAUGAUUUUUCUGUGAUUUGAUUGAUUUUUAAUAUAAUUCUGCUGCUCUGCAUGUACAGAUCACCGCCUGGUGCUUUAUUUAAAUGGAGUAGUGUAGAAGUAUAACUACCAGCUGAAUAUUACAGUUACAUUGUGGAUUACGUGACAUCAGGAGCUGAUUUCAUGAGAAGAAGUUCUUUAAAACUGCCGAGUGUUGAAACAGUUUAAAGAACUUCUUGUCAUGAAAUCGUCUCACGCUGAGGAUUCACCAGGAACACACAGAAUCAUUCAGUUUACUGUCAAUAUGUAAAUGGUAAAAAUCUAAAUUUUAGAUUUUAGAACAAGUCAUCUAAAUAUUAAAUGUUCUGUACUCACAGCUGUCAGCUGAUUUCUGAUCUCUGAGGUAGAUUCUCUGCGGAGGACUGAAGCUGCCAGAAUAAAAAAUAAGUUACUGUCAAAAUAAUAUUAGAAUAAAUGUAGGCACUAAAAAUUUUUUUUUUUUGUAAAUAUGUUUUACAGGCACAAAUACUUUGAUAAAAACGUGACUUGAAUUAAAUAGUUGUAGUAUAUAUUAAAUUUAUGGAGGGCAGAAACUGCUAAAUAAAAAUAAAAAAUUAAAACUCUUGAUAAAUAAUUGAAUACACCAUUUAAUGGACCAAAAACAUUACAAUCAAAUAUAUACAUUAAUAAUUUGAUAAAUUAAUUUAAUUAUUUCAUGAAUUUAUUUAUUUUAUUUAUUUACAUUUGGAAUAAUUCCCUUAUUUCUCUGUUUUUUCUAUUUCCUUUUUAUUUAUUUAUGAAAUUGUGUUUCUUAUUUUCUGUGCAUUUUUUCCUGAAGUUAUUGAAUGUAUUUAUUAAUUUUAAUGUUUUUAUCUUUAUUUUUUGUUUAUUUUUUCAUGUAUCCAUUCAUUUUUUUCACUCUUGUGACACUUUCUUUUUUUUUUCAUUUAUUUAUUAUUAUUAUUAUUAUUUAUUAUUAUCACUUGAAGCCUAAUAGAGAAGAAAUGCAUAAAGAAAUAACACAAAAAGUGUUAUAAGAUUUAUGAAUUAAAUAAAGGGGAAAAUAAAAUAAAAAAACAAAUAAACAAAAAUACAAAAAUAAAUCAAUUUUAAAAUUAGUAAAUCAAUCUGUAAAUAAAACAAUAAAUUCUGAAAAUAACAGAUAAAAAAUAAUGGGGAAGUAAAUAAAUUUGGGAAUUAAUAAAGAUAAUAAAGAAGCAAAUUCAAACAAAUAUGAAUGUAUCUCGUAUUCAUUAAAUUAAUCCCUGUGUUUAAUUGUAAUAUUAAUUUUGGCACAUUUACUUGCAUACAAAUUUAUUUAAGUUAAAGUAUUCUAAUUUAUUUUGGCAGCUUGGAUCCUCCGUAAGUCUCUAUAAAAAUUAUUCUCACAACAUCGUGACAAAGUCUCAUUAAUGAGUGACAUCAUCAUCGUGUGACAUCAUUAAUUAAUGCUCACUGAUCCACUGAAUCUUUAAUAACUCUGUUUGCUGCUUCUGCUCAUUUUGCACUUUUUAAAAAUAUUUUGAAUCAUCGUGAACGCUUGUAUUAUAACGCAUAAUGUAUAUGAUGAUAAUGAUUAUUUUACAGAAAUAUAAAGCACAGGGUUAUUUAAUUUGA